GGCGCUGCCCGGCCAUGUGAGCGGGCGGCGGGCACCGGGGGCGCCGCGCUCCGGGCCGGCGGGGACGAUGCGCGCCGCCCGCACCUGACCAUGGAGUGCGCCCUGCUGCUGGCCUGCGCGCUGCCCGCCGCCCGCUCGGCGCCCGUGCUGCAGGCGCUCCAGCUGUGCUGCCUCUGCUGCGCGUCGGUCGCCGCGGCCAGCCACAGCGGCGGCGGCAGCGGAUUAAACGAGGAUUACGUCUUUGUCACGCCGGUGGAAGUGGACUCGAGUGGCUCCUACAUUUCCCACGACAUCUUGCACAGCAGCAGGAGAAAGCGGUGGGCACCGAGCCCCAGCCGCUCCCGGCAUUACCGAUUUUCAGCAUUUGGACAGGAACUGCACUUGGAGCUGAGGCCGGCGGCAAUCCUCAGCAGUCACUUCAGCAUCCAGGUCCUGGGGAAGGACGGCGCCCCCGCGCCCCAGGAGCCCCAGGUGCCUCGCUGCUUCUAUCAGGGAUUUAUCCGCAACGACAGCACCUCCUCCGUGGCCGUGUCUACGUGCGCCGGGCUGUCGGGGCUCAUCAGGACACGGAGACACGAAUUCCUCAUCUCGCCGUUACCUCCGCGCCUGGCCCAGGAGCACAACUUCAGCUCUCCGGCCGGCCACCAUCCUCACGUGCUGUAUAAACGGACGGCCGAGGAGACGGUGCAGCGGGGCCGGGCCCCCCCGAGCUCCAGCCAACACGGGCCCAGCCGCUCCCCACGUCCCGCCCCCCAUGCGACUCCGGAGCCACAGAACCAGCCUCCCCCUCCAAGGUGGCAAAAGCAGCAUUUUUGUGGACGACGCAAGAAAUAUGCCCCCAAGCCUCCCACCCAGGACACCUAUCUACGAUUUGAUGAAUAUGGGAGCACAGGAAGACCCAGAAGAUCAGCUGGAAAGUCACCAAAGGGCUUAAAUGUGGAGACGUUGGUGGUGGCUGACAAGAAAAUGGUGGAUAAGCACGGCAAGGGGAAUGUCACCACGUACAUUCUCACAGUCAUGAAUAUGGUUUCCAGCCUAUUUAAAGACGGGACUAUUGGGAGUGACAUCAGCAUCGUUGUAGUAAGCCUCAUUCUUCUGGAACAAGAACCUGGAGGAUUACUGAUCAACCAUCAUGCAGAUCAGUCUCUGAAUAGUUUUUGUCAGUGGCAGUCUGCCCUCAUUGGAAAAAACGGCAAGAGGCAUGACCAUGCCAUCUUACUCACGGGAUUUGAUAUUUGUUCCUGGAAGAAUGAACCAUGUGACACUCUAGGGUUUGCCCCCAUCAGUGGGAUGUGCAGCAAGUACCGGAGUUGUACCAUCAAUGAAGACACAGGGCUUGGCCUGGCCUUCACCAUCGCUCAUGAGUCAGGGCACAACUUCGGCAUGAUUCACGACGGGGAGGGCAACCCCUGCAGGAAGGCGGAGGGCAACAUCAUGUCUCCCACCCUGACUGGCAACAACGGCGUCUUCUCCUGGUCCUCGUGCAGCCGGCAGUAUCUCAAGAAAUUCCUAAGUACCCCUCAGGCUGGGUGCCUGGUGGAUGAGCCCAAGCAAACGGGACAAUACAAAUACCCAGACAAACUACCAGGACAGAUUUAUGACGCCGACACACAGUGCAAGUGGCAAUUUGGAGCAAAAGCCAAGUUAUGCAGCCUGGGUUUCGCGAAGGACAUUUGCAAAUCACUUUGGUGUCACCGAGUGGGCCACAGGUGUGAGACCAAGUUUAUGCCUGCAGCGGAGGGGACCGUGUGUGGCUUGAGCAUGUGGUGCCGGCAAGGCCAGUGUGUGAAGUUUGGGGAGCUCGGGCCCAGGCCCAUUCACGGCCAGUGGUCUGCCUGGUCCAAGUGGACAGAAUGUUCCAGAACAUGUGGUGGAGGUGUCCAGUAUCAAGAGAGACACUGCAAUAACCCCAGACCUCAGUACGGCGGCAGGUUCUGCCCGGGUCUGAGCCGUCUCUACCAGCUGUGCAAUACGGACCCUUGCCAUGGAAACAGCCUGGAUUUCCGAGCCCAGCAGUGCGCGGAAUAUAACAGCAAACCUUUCCGGGGGUGGUUCUACAAGUGGAAACCGUACACCAAGGUGGAAGAGGAAGACCGGUGUAAACUGUACUGCAAGGCCGAGAACUUUGAAUUUUUCUUUGCCAUGUCUGGAAAGGUGAAGGACGGAACUCCUUGCUCUGCCAACAAAAAUGAUGUUUGUAUCGAUGGGAUUUGUGAACCAGUGGGAUGUGACCAUGAACUUGGCUCUAAAGCAGUGUCGGAUGCCUGUGGAGUUUGCAAAGGUGAUAAUUCGACGUGCAAGUUCUACAAAGGCCUGUAUCUCAACCAGCACAAGGCAAAUGAAUAUUACCCGGUGGUCACCGUCCCUGCGGGAGCCUGGAGCAUUGAGAUCCAGGAGCUUCAGAUCUCGUCCAGCUACCUGGCAGUUCGGAGCCUCGGUCACAAGUAUUACCUCACGGGGGGCUGGAGCAUCAACUGGCCUGGGGAGUUCCAUUUCGCCGGGACCACCUUCGAAUACCAGCGCCCCUUUAACCACCCAGAACGCCUGUCUGCACCAGGACCCACCAACGAGACGCUGGUCUUUGAAAUUCUGAUGCAAGGCAAAAACCCGGGGAUAGCCUGGAAAUACGCGCUCCCCAAGGUCGCCAAUGGAACCCCACCCACCUCGGAGAAACACGUGCACUCGUGGCGCACCUCGCGGGCCGACUGCUCUGUCUCCUGCGGAGGAGGUUACAUAAGCAUAAAGGCCAUUUGCUUGCGAGAUCAAAAGAUUCCAGUCAAUUCCUCAUUCUGCAAUCCCAGAACCAAGCCGGCUACUGAACCUAAAAUCUGCAAUUCUUUCUCCUGUCCUGCCUACUGGAAGCCGGGUGAGUGGAGUGAAUGCAGCAGGUCGUGUGCUGGAGGCCAGCAGAGCCGGAAGAUCCAGUGCGUGCAGAAGCAGCCCUUCCAGCGGGAGGAGGCCGUGGUCCACUCCCUCUGCCCCGUGAGCACGCCCGCUCAGGUGCAGACGUGCAACACCCACGCCUGCCCCCCGGCAUGGAGCCUGGGGCCCUGGUCGCAGUGCUCCAAGACCUGUGGGCGUGGGGUACGGAAACGAGAGGUCCUGUGCCAGCGGCCCUCCUCCCCAGGGAGCCUGCCCGAGAGCCUGUGUGCGGGCAGCCCCCGGCCAGCCUCCCAGGAGGGCUGUGUCCUCGGACGGUGCCCCAAGAACACCCGGCUGCAGUGGACCGUGUCCUCCUGGAGUGAGUGCUCUGCCACCUGUGGCCCGGGGCUGAGGAAGAGGGAGAUGCGGUGCAGCGAGAAGGCCCAGCAGGACAAGCUGCUGACCUUCCCGGAGCGCAGGUGUCGCCACGUGAAGAAACCGCGCCUGGACUUGCAGGAGCCCUGCAGCCGUGGCCCGUGUCCCGCCAGACCAAAGUACGGUGGGGCGACAGUGGAGUGGUACGCGGCACCAUGGCAACAGUGCACGGUCACCUGUGGAGGGGGUGUCCAGACGAGAUCGGUCCACUGUGUCCAUCACGACCAGCCUUCCUUGGGUUGCCCACUCGGGAAAAAGCCCCCCGUGCUGCGAGCUUGUAAUACCAACUUCUGCCCGGCGCCCGGAAAACGAGAGGACCCGUCCUGUGUUGAUUUCUUCAGCUGGUGCCCUCUAGUUCCCCAGCACGGCGUCUGCAACCACAAGUUUUACGGCAAGCAGUGCUGUAAGUCAUGCACUCGCAAGAGCUGAGCCCCCGCCCCUCCCCCCACCGCUGCCGCCGCCACCCCAGGCUCCCCCCCACCCAGUACUGGGAGGCCAGCGUCCUGCUACCACCUCCGGAGAUCCAGCCGGCGCUGCCUUUCGGGGGGCUGCGCACCCACCCACAGGGGAGCAGCUGUCGGCUUUGAGGUGGCGCUUCCAGACCUCGCCAGCGCCCCGAAGCACAUGGUACUCUGAAGCACUUGAACCUGGCACCGCGAUGACAAAUCGGACGGAUGGAAACACACAGACAAAACCACUUCGAUGUUGCACUGCUCCACAGAGAGAAGCGCCGAGUUGCACAGGACCCCCUCGGCGUUUCACGUGGGCAAAUAGGAAAGUCACUUUGGGACCCCGGCCACUUUGGGUGCCAGCGGGUUCCGUGGCAGAGACGUCAGGGUCUGCGAGGGUGGCCGUCGACUGGGCCUCGGAGCUGUCCGAGGUGGAACCCCUCGCUGGUUCCCGGAAGCCCACGGCGUGGCCGGGAGCGCAGGCACCCCAAAGCUGAACUUCACACGCAAAGCCAAAUCCAUGGUGCUCCAAAAUCAGGCUUGCUGCUGGACUAGCAAGCUCCACAAGUUAUGUGUAUUUAGUGUGCGUGUGUGGGUUUUUAUUAUUGUUAUUAUUAUUAUUAUUAUUUUGUUUAAAGUAUAGCCUGCUUAGAGUCUGCAAGACAAAAAUUCACAACUUGAAAAAGUGUCCCAUGGAGCUCCUGGACCUCGCCGUUGCCUUGAAACACUGAACACACCACCGCCAAACUCACGUCCAAGUGAGGCACUCUGCCCGCCCCGGGAGGUCGGCCUCAUGACUUUUGGUGCUAGCCGAACCGGGCUCAGGGGAGCUGAGCAUCGCCUCACGGGGCCGCAGAACUGGUGAGACAGAGGCUCAUUCCCGGGGAAGGGCUACGACGAGCAAACUAACAGCGUUUUUUGAAGGAGAGAAGAUCCUUUAAACACUCUCUGCGUAUUAUCUGAGCUGCCUGAAAAAUUAGAGGCCGGUUGUGGGUUGGCUUUUUUUUUUUUCUUCCUACCAGCCAACAUGUUUUAAUAUGCCCGAGUAUUUGGUUCACAGGAAAAAAGAGUCACCAUGGCAACAGAAAAAAGCAUCCAUUUCCAGGCUCUGUUGGUAUUAAUCACAGGCCCUUCAGUGAACACUCGUAUUUUAUAAUCUCUCCAAUGGUAUUUUUUUUUGUCUUCUGCAGCUGGCAGCUGGUAGGCACUAAUGAGCUUAAAACUGUUGGCAAUGGGUUAAAAAAGAAAGAAAGAAUACUCUUUUGCCAAAACCAAAGUAACAGACAAGACUGAUUCCCCUGUGAUUUUUUUUUUUGAGAUGUGGCUAUAAAGGGCAUAUUUCUAUCAUUCUACCUUUGUCCUUAAUUUCUUUGAUGAUUGUAGCUCAAUUUUACUAUUUAAAAAAAUCACCAUUUAAACAGGGACUUACCAGUCCAGCAUACCACACCAAACCGUGGUCUGUUCAAUUCCGAGCGCCCUCUGCUCCCAUCCUAAUUGAAAUCAUGUGUUCUGGAAGCUCAGAGAAAUCAUGUUUGGGAUAUUGUCUCCAUUGACUUGGUUUGGCCCAGAGGGGUGGCCGUUUGUAUCAUCAGAGGAAAGAUUCUACCGCACUCCCCUUGCCCUCUGAAAAAAUGGCAAGGUACUUGUGUCUUUGUCAAACUUUCAUUUUAUUUUAUGGGAAAAAUUAAUUUAUUAAUAGCCUAUUAUGUGUUCUCACUUGCUUCUCUAAGUGAUAUUAAUUCUGAGUAAAACUGUUGAAUAAAACAAAACCAUGGAUUCUAAAGAAACGUCAAAAUAUAUGUGUAAUAUUUAAUUUUAUAAGUUUAUAAUAAAGCCCUCUGUUUCUUUAUC